AUGCCGCUCGUUGUAUUCAAUAUUCCGGGCCUGGGUUUCGCCCUACUUCGGACGGCGGUCAUAUUCUCGGCGGCCGUCCACGCGCGCGACCGACCUCCAUUCACACAGGAGGAUCCGAACUUGCAAUAUCUUUGCCGUGGAUCACUUUCUGACUAUGCCGCAUGUCAGUGCAAAGAGGAUGAAGGCGAAGUUGCUUGCAUAAAUGCACAAUUUGUGGACACAGAUGUUUUCUUCAAUCUCAAUGCCCACUAUAAAUCGCUUCAAAAGGUGACUUUUCAUGGAAACAAUUUCCAAGAUCUGCCGUCUACUUCGCUGUUCGGCUCUGUAAGCCAUAGCAGGCUGCAUACUUUGAAUAUUUCGGCCAAUUAUAUAGUGAACCUCAAUUCAAAUGCCUUGAAAGGCCUGCCAAAUCUGCGAGUCUUGGAUUUGUCCAACAACGAGAUUGUACUCAAGGAAAGCGAUGUCGAUUUUCUAACUCACACUCCACGAUUGACUGAAUUGUAUCUGCGGCGAGCCUUCACUGCCACCAUUAACAGAACAGUACAGUUUGAUUUGAUGAUGAGGAUGUUCAAAAAGGCUAAUCUGAAACAUUUGGAGGUUCUCGAUCUGUCGUACAACUUUCUACAAACAGUUCCAUUCGAAUUGCCAUGUCCGUUUCCAUCACUGACCUCGCUUGAUCUUCGGCAAAAUUUCCUUAAAACUCUAACUGUCAAUUCCUCAUGUCUGUCAAACGUUCGAUCUCUCGAUUUGAGCAGAAACCAGUUCUACUCCUUGACGCCAUCUUUUCGGGAGUUGGCUUCUUCAGCACCUGCAGAUACUUAUGUGCUACGGAAUCCUUUCCACUGUGAUUGUAAAUCGAACGACUACAUUACUUGGGUCAGAUCCACAGACGUUAUCCGAGAUAAACACAGUUUGGUAUGCGAUCGAGCCAGCCCUCGGAAUUAUGUCGGUGCACGUCUGGUAGAAGUUCCACUUCACAAAUUGGACUGUUCUGUGAAUCUAUUCGCAAUGAGUUCGCCACAUUAUUCCUUGUUCACGGCUCUUGUCAUUCUCUUCACAUCUUUUCUAUUUUGAAAUGUAUUCUUUUGAUCUGAUGAGUUAACAGUGGCGAAAGAGGGAGGAAAACUUCACACAAGCUUCAGGAAACAGAGUCCAGAUAAUGCGGAUUUUUUUUCUUGCGCGAAGCAGACGAAGUGAUGUGAUCAGUUGUGAUUCAGUAUAAAGUACCCAGUUUUGGGCAUACCCGUUUUCGGUGUGUACCUCUUGAGUGAAUGACUGCGA